UUACCGUCACGCCUCUAGUGGCGAAACUAAAUAACUAAAAAAACCCCACGUAUAUGAACAACCGCUGCUAUUCGCUCUCUUCCGUCCCAACCACCGAGCUGACAGCUUAUCAUUCUAGUACAAGCUCUAGUGUAACAACCAGAGAAGAAGGAGAAAAUCUUAUUGCCACCCAUCACCAUUCUUCUAGUAUGCACCAGCUACGUGUUUAACGUCGACUAGUUCUGUACACCACCAUCAUCGACCUCCUCAACCACAACCACCAGUUGUACAAGAACCAAAGAUGGAACAGAAUCUUGGUGAGCCAGAACCAGAGGAAUCGCCAAGUCCACACGGAUCUUCUUCUGAACCAAGAAUCGAAGAUUCUAUAUGUUACAGAUCACAAUCUGCAAUAUUUGUACGGUAUAUGAAUCAAGGCGAGAAUAAUUCAUGUACUAGGACAGAUUUUAUAUUUCAACCUGCGCCUACUUCUAAAUUAGGUAGAAAGAGAGCAAAAAGAUUAAAAAAUCAAGCAGAGAGAGAAAGAGAAGAACUCGAUAGAGUUGCUAAACAACAGGCUAAAAAAAAGAUAAUGAAUAAAGACUGAUUGGUUUUUUCUCACGGAAACUGACAGAGACUGAAAAAAGAUACAGCACUUACGACAGAGAACUUCUUGCCAUUUUCGCUAGUAUUAAACACUUCAAACACCUCUUAGAAGGACGACAAUUUACAAUAAGAACAGAUCACAGACUGCUAACUUACGCCUUCUCACAGAAACUAGAAAAAGCAACUUCACGACAACUAUGGCAGAAGUUUGUAUGGCCAAGCAUCAACAAAGAUACUAAUACUUAGUCAAAGGAAUGCAUACCAUGCCAACUUUCCAAAGUGCAACAACAUACAUGCAUUCCACCUCAACACAUUAACAUACUGGAUGAUCGAUUUAAACAUAUUCAUUUAGACAUCAUAGUACUACCUGAACACAAUAACUACAAAUACUGUUUGACCAUCAUUGACCGUUUCUCCAGAUGGCCUAUUGCGGUUCCAUUAAAGGACAUUACAGCAGACACCAUCAUUACUUCACUCUUCGACCACUGGAUCGCACACUAUAGCACGCCUACAACAAUAACAACUGAUCAAGGUUCACAAUUCGAGUCAUCCUUGUUUCAGGCUUUUACUAGAUUCAUUGGCUGUAAUAGACAACGAAAUUGGCUGUAAAAUACCACCCACAAUCAAAUGGUAUGAUCGAACGAUGGCAUCGCAUGCUUAAAUCUGCAUUAAUGUGUUCACCAAAACCUUGGACAGAAAUACUUUCUACAGCAUUACUUGGACUUCGUACCAGUUACAAGGAAGAUUUACAAGCCUCACCAGCGGAAAUGUUAUAUGGAACCAUUUUAUGCAUUCCAGGUGAAUUUUUCAUUAAUAAUGACUCUGCAGCUAAUCCACAGAUUUUUGUAGAAAAGCAUCGUGAAUACAUGAGAGGACUGAGACCGACAUCAACAGCUCACCAUAUUAAAUCAAGGAUAUUCAUUCCAAAAAACCUCUAUACUUGCAGUCAUGUAUUUAUUAGAUCCGAUCACGUUAAAGCACCGCUAGAACAACCUUAUCGAGGACUAUAUAAAAUUACAAGAAGAAAAUCAAAUACAAUUUUUGAACUAGAUAUAAAUGGUACGCUUAAGGACAUUAACAUCGACAGAUUGAAACCCGCUUAUUUAUCAAAAACGGAUGCAGAAAACGACGCUCAACCUACAGAAAUCAAUCCAAUACCUGAACACCACUGGACUGAACAAUAAACAUACCAACCAAAACAUACGUCAUGAAGAAAGUCUCUUUCAAUCUACCAUCUCAAGAGACUUGAGGGGGAGUAUUGUGGCCGUCACGCCAAAAUUUGGCGCCUCCGGCAUUCUUAACGUCACGCCUCUAGUGGCGAAACUAAAUAACUAAAAAAAACCCACUUAUAUCAACAACCGCUGCUAUUCGCUCUCUUCCAUCCCAACCACCGAGCGAGGCACGCUUAAUGACUAGCAGCGACUAAAAACGUGAACACUAGUCACUACUUCCUUUUUCCGUUUAAGAUUUUGUUAAGUUUGUUAUAUAUUUUGUAUAAGUUUGUUUUGAUACGUUUUAUAAUAAAAAUAUUCAUAUAAUAUUUUUCCCCAAUGAAUGAAUUAUUUUUGAAUAUUAUUGAACACGCUACAGUGUCGUCAAUACUAACACCAUCUAUAGUAAUAAACGAAAACGAUUUAAAUGAGAAGCGUAUGUAUGUAGUUCAAAUGGUAAUAUAAAAAAAAAUUAACAGAAGAAUAUUAACAAAGUACAAUGACCCAGUUCGAAGAAAAUUGUACAUAGAUCUUAUACUCUGAGCUUUUAGACAACAAUAAACACUUAAACGAUUAA